GGAUAACACGGACGGAGAGGAGAGCGGGGAGUCGGAGCCGGAGGGGAGGGAGUACAACGUACUGGCGAGCGGCAACAUAUAAAGGUGCAAAAAUUAUUUGAGCAACCAUGGCUCACUCCAAGGCCAAGGGCAAUGAUGGAAAAAUCACGUAUCCCCCAGGUGUCAAGGAAAUAUCAGACAAGAUUUCAAAAGAAGAAAUGGUUAGACGGUUAAAGAUGGUUGUAAAAACUUUCAUGGAUAUGGAUCAAGACUCUGAAGAAGAAAAGGAGCACUAUUUGAACCUUGCUUUACACUUAGCCUCUGACUUUUUCCUCAAACAUCCUGACAAAGAUGUACGAUUGCUUGUGGCAUGCUGCCUUGCUGAUAUUUUUAGAAUCUAUGCCCCAGAAGCUCCAUAUACAUCGCCUGAAAAAUUGAAGGAUAUAUUUAUGUUCAUAACAAGACAACUGAAGGGGCUUGAAGAUACAAAGAGUCCACAGUUUAACAGAUACUUCUAUUUACUAGAGAAUAUCGCAUGGGUGAAAUCCUAUAAUAUAUGUUUUGAGCUAGAAGAUAGCAAUGAGAUUUUUACGCAACUGUAUAGAACACUAUUUUCUGUGAUCAAUAAUGGACACAAUCAGAAAGUUCAUAUGCAUAUGGUGGAUUUAAUGAGCUCUAUAGUUUGUGAAGGCGAUACCGUUUCUCAGGAGCUGCUCGAUAGUGUCCUUGUCAACUUGGUUCCUGCACACAAGAAUUUAAACAAACAAGCUUAUGACCUGGCAAAAGCUCUGCUUAAGAGAACCGCUCAAGCUAUUGAACCAUAUAUUACAAAUUUUUUUAACCAAGUUUUGAUGCUUGGUAAAACCUCCAUCAGUGAUUUGUCAGAGCACGUCUUUGAUCUGAUACUGGAGCUCUACAACAUUGAUAGUCAUUUGCUUCUUUCCGUUUUACCUCAGUUGGAGUUCAAGCUCAAGAGUAAUGACAAUGAAGAGCGACUGCAGGUGGUGAAAUUGCUGGCAAAAAUGUUUGGUGCCAAAGAUUCAGAACUGGCUUCUCAAAACAAACCUCUUUGGCAAUGCUACCUAGGAAGAUUUAAUGAUAUACAUGUGCCCAUUCGUUUAGAAUGCGUGAAGUUUGCUAGCCAUAGCUUGAUGAACCACCCUGACCUCGCAAAGGAUUUAACAGAGUAUCUUAAAGUGAGAUCACAUGACCCUGAAGAAGCCAUUAGGCAUGACGUCAUUGUGUCUAUAGUUACUGCUGCUAAGAAAGAUCUCCUUCUGGUCAAUGACCAACUACUGAAUUUUGUCCGCGAGAGAACUUUGGACAAAAGGUGGAGAGUAAGAAAAGAAGCAAUGAUGGGGCUUGCUCAGAUCUAUAAAAAGUAUUCCCUGCAAGGUGAAGCUGGAAAAGAAUCUGCAAAACAGAUUUCAUGGAUAAAAGAUAAGCUGCUGCACAUAUAUUACCAGAACAGUAUUGAUGAUCGGUUGCUCGUUGAACGGAUUUUUGCUCAGUACAUGGUCCCUCAUAAUUUAGAAACUACAGAGAGAAUGAAAUGCUUGUACUACCUGUAUGCAACAUUGGAUACAAAUGCUGUGAAAGCUCUGAAUGAAAUGUGGAAAUGUCAAAACAUGUUGCGGCAUCAUGUUAAGGAUUUGCUGGACUUGAUCCAAAAGCCAAAGACAGAAGCUGGCAGCAAAGCAAUAUUUUCCAAAGUGAUGGUUAUUACAAGAAACUUGCCAGACCCUGGCAAAGGUCAAGAUUUUUUAAAGAAAUUUACACAAGUGUUGGAAGACGAUGAAAAAAUCAGAGGACAGUUGGAGAAACUUGUCAGUCCUACAUGUUCCUGCAAGGAAGCCGAAGUCUGUGUGCGUGAUAUUACCAAAAAACUGGGCAACCCAAAGCAACCAACCAACCCAUUUUUAGAAAUGAUCAAAUUUCUUUUAGAGAGGAUAGCACCUGUACACAUUGACACAGAAUCAAUCAGUUCUCUGAUUAAGCUGGUUAACAAGUCAAUUGAUGGAACAGCAGAUGAUGAAGAUGAAGGUGUUCCCACAGAUCAAGCGAUUCGAGCUGGUCUUGAAUUGCUGAAGGUGCUUUCUUUCACCCAUCCGAUUUCAUUUCAUUCAGCAGAAACAUUUGAAUCUCUCUUAGCUUGUUUAAAAAUGGAUGAUGAAAAAGUAGCCGAGGCAGCACUACAAAUCUUCAAAAACACAGGGGGUAAAAUUGAAGAGGACUUCCCUCAUAUCAGAUCUGCAUUGCUUCCAGUCUUGCAGCAGAAGGCUAAAAAGGGACCUUCCCGUCAAGCCAAGUAUUCCAUUCACUGCAUACAUGCAAUAUUUUCCAGCAAGGAGACACAGUUUGCACAGAUAUUUGAGCCGUUACAUAAAAGCCUGGACCCUGGUAACCCUGAGCAACUUAUCACAUCACUUGUCUCUAUUGGCCACAUAGCGCAACUUGCUCCAGAUCAGUUCACUGCUCCUUUAAAGUCCAUGGUUGCUACAUUUGUUGUUAAAGAUUUGUUGAUGACAGAUCGGCUUCCGGGUAAAAAGACAACAAAACUGUGGGUUUCAGAUGAUGAGGUGUCUGCAGAAACUAUGGUUAAAAUUCAAGCAAUUAAAAUGAUGGUGCGGUGGCUGCUGGGAAUGAAAAAUAAUCUCAGUAAAUCUGGGAAUUCUACCUUACGACUCCUAACAGCAAUAUUACACACUGAUGGAGACUUGACGGAACAUGGAAAACUCAGUAAACCAGACAUGUCACGCCUGAGAUUGGCCGCCAGUUGUGCCAUUGUUAAACUAGCACAGGAGCCAUGUUAUCAUGAAAUUAUUACUUUAGAUCAAUAUCAGCUGUGUGCGUUGGCCAUCAACGAUGAGUGUUACCAGGUUAGACAGAUAUUUGCUCAAAAACUUCACAAAGGGCUCUCCAGAUUAAGACUUCCAUUAGAAUAUAUGGCCAUCUGUGCUCUGUGUGCAAAAGAUCCUGUGAAAGAGAGGCGCGCUCAUGCACGGCAGUGUCUGGUAAAAAAUAUUAACGUCAGAAGAGAGUACCUGAAACAGCAUGCAGCUGUGAGUGAAAAAUUGUUCUCUCUUCUGCCUGAAUACGUGGUUCCAUAUACGGUUCAUCUACUUGCACAUGACCCAGAUUAUGUGAAAGUACAAGAUAUAGAGCAGCUGAAGGACAUAAAAGAGUGUCUGUGGUUCGUUCUGGAGAUUCUUAUGUCAAAGAAUGAAAAUAACAGCCAUGCUUUUAUUAGGAAAAUGGUGGAAUAUAUUAAGCAAACAAAAGAUGCACAAAAUCCCGAAGACCAAAAGAUGAAUGAAAAAAUGUACACCGUUUGUGAUGUGGCAAUGAAUAUCAUUAUUUCAAAGAGCACAACAUACAGCUUAGAGUCCCCGAAGGAUCCAGUGUUGCCAGCACGAUUCUUUACUCAGCCAGAUAAGAAUUUUAGCAACACAAAAAAUUAUCUUCCUGCUGAAUUAAAGUCCUUUUUCACCCCAGGAAAGCCAAAAUCUACAAAUGUUCUGGGUGCCGUCAAUAAGCCCUUAUCAAGCGCAGGAAAGCAAAUGCAGUCCAAGUCAUCUAGAAUGGAGACUGUAAGCAACGCUAGCAGUGGUUCUAACCCAAGCUCUCCUGGGAGGAUUAAGGGAAGACUUGACAGUACAGAAUUGGAUCAGAGUGAAAAUGAAGAUUACACAAUGAUGUCUUCUCCUCUGUCUGGAAAAAAAAGUGAUAAAAGGGACGACUCCGACCUUUUGAAGUCUGAGGUAGAAAAGCCAAGGCGAGGAAGAAAGCAGUCUCUUAUAGAUCAAGAUGACAGUAUAUGCAUGGAUGAAUUAUCAAAACCUGUGCAGGAACCAAAGUCAAGGACUAGUCAGCGAGGAAGAAAGCGAGCUGCAGCUUCUUCUGAAUCAGAGGAACAACCAUGGCAGGAGAAAAGGCUAAAAGAAGACAUGUUGGAAAAUGAAGAUGAACAAAAUAGCCCACCUAAAAAGGGAAGAAGAGGGCGACCACCUAAGUCAGCUAAAAUGGCCCUUUCAAAAGAGGAACCUUCAGCCACAACUCCUAAAAGGGGGAGGAAAAAGGCUGCACCAGUAGAAAGUGUUCAAGCAGAAGAAGAGGAUAAUCUAGAAAUAAGUGAAGAGCAAGAUGCUGAAAACAUAGUGCAGAAGCGGAAAGGCAGGGGCUCAUCAAGAAGGACUCCUCAAAAGUCUGAUUCAACCGAUUCUCUUCUCAACACCAGUCAGCCUACACCACAGAAGAGGAGAGGAAGGCCACCCAAAGCUUCCACAGUGCAGGAAAAGAAAGGCAAUGUUGGGCGACCAAGAAAGGUAGUAAGUAAAGAACCAGAAUCUGAAGAAGAAAUCGAAAUGUCCCAGAAUAGUCCAGCUCUUAGUGAAAACAAUUCUAAUGAAGAGGAAACUGCAGACGAAGAAGUAGUUGUUCCUAGUACUGGAAGGCGCAGAUCUGCCAAAAAGCGAUGAAGCCGGACAAAGCAGAAGUCUGAAGCUGAAGUGAACUAGAAGGGCCACUGCUAUAGGAGCCGGCGCGAGGCUGCUCGUGCAUAGGAGACGCCGACGAACGACAACACGCUUAAACAUUAAAUAUCAUAUCCCUUCAUUUACAGCCACAAUCGUUUGUCAUUAGCUGUGGGUACUUUACGUGAUUUGUAAUGUGUGCUGGACAUGUAGACAUGAACGUGUAAAUAGCGAUUUUUUUUUUUUAAUGUUUCAUAAAGUGCUUGUAUAGCUUUUUGUUUUGCAGCUUUAAACUGACUUUACCUGAAUGGACGUCAGAAGAUUUUUACAUACGAUGGACAAAUGAAAGAUAUCAAAAAAAGAUUCAUAUGGAAUUGAAGCAAUAUUUGCUGUUUUUUGUGGACCCCUCCCAUCCCACGUCGCAUAUUACUGUGAAAAAAAAAAAA